UGUCGCUUGUUUAGAUAUUGUCUGAAUUGUAUUCUAGGGUUUAAUUCGUGAUUAGGGUUACAUCUUUUUAACUGUGUUUAAAUUAAUCUCUAGACAAGUUGUGUUUCUUUACUAUUCUACCUGAUUGCAGUUUUACAGCAGAUUGUGCUAUUGUGUGUUUAAAGAGUUCUUGAAUUUGUUGAUACAUCUUGUUGAAGGUAAAGAAACUUGUAACGAAAUGUAGGUUUUAAGAUAUGUAGUGAAGAUGUUGUGUACUUUCUUUGUAAUCGAUGUGUGCGGGUCUGUUGUUUUUCCUCUAAUCGAGCAAUAUUGCCAAAACCAGUCAAAUAUUUGGAAUUUCCAUGUGCUUUUGCUACACUAAAUGAAUAACUAGUGACACAAGGUUAAAAUGGCAGCAAGCCUUUAUUUCCCACCAAAAAUGCGGUGAUAAGCAACAAGUAUGGGACUUGCGCAUCAAUUACCCUUGAAUGGUUCUUCAAUCGUGGUGUUUUGAUUGAUCAAUAAAGAAGGUGCUCUAUUUUACCUUUUACAACCAGAAAGGAAUACGAUGAGUGCAGUCAACAUCACCAAUGUUGCCAUUUUGGAUAAUCCAUCACCAUUUCUCAGCCCAUUUCAAUUCGAGAUAUCCUAUGAGUGUGUGGUAUCUCUUAAAGAUGAUAUAGAAUGGAAACUAAUCUAUGUGGGAUCAGCUGAAGAUGAGACAUAUGACCAACUCUUGGAAAGCGUGCUUGUCGGACCUGUCAACGUGGGCAAUUAUCGUUUUGUUCUCCAGGCAGACCCACCAGAUCCAUCAAAAAUUCGUGAAGAGGAUAUAAUUGGUGUCACUGUGUUGCUAUUGACAUGCUCUUAUUUGGGGCAAGAAUUUAUUAGAGUAGGAUAUUAUGUGAACAAUGACUAUGCUGAUGAACAAUUGAGAGAAGAACCACCUCAGAAGGUGUUGCUUGAUAAAGUUCAAAGGAACAUCUUGACCGAUAAGCCAAGGGUUACAAAAUUUCCUAUUAAUUUUCAACCGGAGGAGAAUGAGCAUGGUGAGCAGCCUACAGCAUCACCACCACCUGAACAACCUUCAGAAAUCAAUGAUCCAGAGCAACUGCCACCACAUGAACAGCCAGCAAAAAGUGAUGAAGAGAAGCAACCCCCACCACCAUCACCAUCUCUGGAUAACUCUGAAUAGAUUUUCCUGAAACAAAAGUUAAGUACUUGUUGUUUCUUUAUUCUGAUAGUCAGGGAAUUAUUCACAAUGAUUUUGGUACCGAUCUUAGAGGAUGUGAAACACCAUAGAUGACGCACAAAGUGAAUCCUUUCAGGAAAUGUCAAAUGUACAAUAUGCUUGUAUUUUUGGAUCAGAAAUCACAUGAGUACUAGGUUGAAUUUCAUUACUUAUAGUCCAUUAAACUUGGUAGACAUUGCUUUGA